UGAAAACCUAUCUCACCUUUAGAGCACAAAAACGUCAUAAAAAACUUCUGGAGUGGUCGAGAAUUUCUGAUGUAAUAAACGCUUGCGUUUCCACACGUGUUGUCCGAGGCGAAAUUUCGCUAAAACUGAAACGGAAUAAAAGGAAAUAGACGUUAAAACAAUGCUAAUAAUCUUUCUUUAAUUGUCUUGAAGUAAUGUUGUAUUUUUUUUAUUCAUUUAAAGCAAGAAAUAUGUUUUAAAAUUGUCUUUGUUUGUACUACCUUCUUUCGCAAACCUGACUCGGCAAAGACAAUGACGAAUUUAUUCGUCAUGCCUUAAAAUCAGGCUCGUUGUUUUGGGCAGAUGCGGGUCAAAGUUGCGGUAAAAAGGGUUGUCUGUAAGUAAAAGCGGUAAUAGUUGAUAAAAUUUUAAAAUCCUAAUUUUUCCUCCGGGAUCCGAAGUUUUUUAAAAUUGACAAUGAGCUCUAUAAGUAACUGGACUAACAUAGCCUGUCUUUGGGCAUCACCCAGGGGCGUUGGAGGAAUGGUUAUUGUCACUUAAGGUUUAUUGUAUGUACCUUUCAUCUUGUCGCAAAAGUUGGAAGGUAUGAUGGGAAGAGGCUCGAAUUAUUUCACCAUAAUAAUGAUUUCACCCCCAGUUCCAUGUACGAAGUAAUAAUAUCAAGUAUCAACUGUUCAAGUUCCUCUCUACCACUGGCCAAGAUAGUAAAGUUCACUCAUCACGGACUCCAAAACCCAAAACAGGAAAUUCGUGGCAAAGUUGUGGCAAAGUGCACGACUGGAAGCUUGAAAAGAGUGCGAACUUACAUAACUUCAGUUGCAAGGUCAGUUCUGUUUCGUUUGUCAUUGCUGCAGGAUUACGCUUUUAACAAAGACAAAAUGGUACGUACUACAUUGAUUUUUUAUAAUAUUUUUACAAUUCAGGGUUAAUACAUUUGUACAGUACAUGUUCGAAUGUGCCUUUUCUGAUACUUUGCCCUUCAGCCCUUUGAAAUUUAUGAUCUUUUGGCCACCUUUGUGCCUUCUGAUUGCAAUUUAAAAUUGUGGCAUUGAUUAAUGCCAAAUAUCUAUUGUCUCUUAGCAAUGUUUUCUCGAUCUGACUUAUUUCAUUUAUAUGAAUGAUGAAUCGUACAUAAACCUUUUGCAAUUUGGUAGAAAUAAAAUUGUUUGAGGCAUGGGCUUUAUAGUUCUAAAUAAAAUUAUCCGUUUAAUAUAUAAACUAUUAAUAAACUCCAAGUCCUGAGAAUUGAAGUAAUUGAACUGAGGUCCACUUUGAGUGAAGGGUACACUUUGUACCCUUUGGUUUUUUGCAAACUCCAAUCUCAGUGCCACAAUCCAGCUAUCGCUAUCCUGAUCAAACCUUGAUGAGAACACCCCCCACCCCUCCCCCCCGUCUUCAUUCUUUUCAAAGAAAAUUGUUGGGCAACAAAAAUGUGUGCCAAAAAGUUUGUUCCAAACAUCUACAAACCACUUCUGGUAAGCAAAUGAAACAGAAAAGAAAGCGUGCAUUCUCAUGAAAACAAUAACUAUUUACAAAAGGGAACAAGUAAAGGUGAUGCUGCCUUAUUUUUGUGUUACAGCUAAAUCAUUGAAGUGUUUGCUUAACAUUUUGCACAUGCUCUCAAGUAAUGAUAUUUGCAUGCCUGAAUCAUGAAAAAUAGGGUGUGGCCUGAACUAUGUGCAUAGAACAUUUUCCAUGCAUGUGGGAUAAAAUUAAAUCUGGUAAGAGCAUAUUGAUCACUUAAAGGGAGCUAUGUAUAGCAUCAGGGCACUAAUCUGUAAUCUUGCUUAACGAUUUCAUAGUCAUGAACUCUCUCAUGUUGUCCGUUUUUGUAAUUGCCUUUCCAUUAAUCCAAACAAUGAAUUUGAUAAGGAAUUUGGCAACCCCCCCCCUGCAUAAUGAUAGCUCAAAUUGCUCACUUUAUGCCACAAUUGCAUUUAAUCUUUCUUCUGCAGCCAAAAGAUCCAAUCAAGGUGUGCAUCACUGGUGCUGCUGGACAGAUAGCGUAUUCUCUUUUGUACUCUGUUGCCAAGGGUGAUGUUUUUGGAAAUGAUCAGGUAGUCUUAGGAACUAAAGCAAUAUGCUUGAUUAUGAAAUCUUAAAAAAUUGACAAAAAUAGAAAUCUCAUUUGGGGUGCUGGUCACCCGGAAAAGUCUGCACUGUCGCAUAGUCCACAUGCUUGAUAUAUGGUAUAAAAGGUCAUGUAAGCAACAGAGUUAUGGUCAUAUUAGCAACUGUCUGUGCCAAUGUAGGUAGUGCCAAUAUUAAUACAAAAGCUUCGGAUUGAUUGAUGCAACUACCUGAAAAAUACAAGGAUUGAAAUUUCGAGCAAAGGCCGGCCUUCAUCAGCCCACUGACAAAACUGAGGAAAAAAUUAAUAAUAUGUAGAAUGAAACAAUUGUUUUCUAUAUUAGACCACUUGCAGUUGACUCUAAAAGGUGAUCAUGCAUGACAUCUGAACGACAUCUUGAAACAAGUCACUAUUGAGGAAAUAAUGAAAUCAUACAUCUAAUAUAUACAUUUUUGUCAUGGGAUUAAUUAUAUUAAUAAUUAUCACUGAGAAUAUCUGUUCACGCAAAAAAUUGCUUUGUUGGUAAACACAAGAUGUGUCAUUUUUACUUUCAAAACAAACAAGGGUUGCAUGGCAAAUGAAAAUAUGCAUCUUAAUUUAAUGAGUCAAGACGUGUGAGGUGUGCACAGGAUUUACCUCAGACUACCAGCUCAAUACAGUGGAUUAAAUUUUGGUUUGAAGGCCAUACUUUUUGGCAUAUUUUAAGUACUAUAUUUAUAUAAAUACAAUGGUUUAUAAAACUGUAAAACAAGUGACUGAUUGAUUAACCAGUUGACCAACCAGCCGACUGAUGGUCCAGCAAACCGACUGGUCAACCCGACUGCUUAAACAUGAAAUAAUUGGUGAAAAAGAUACAAAUUUACUAACAGAAACUACAACCGAUGUUUUAGCCAUUGAUUUUGACACUUCUGGAUAUUCAACCAAUGCUUGGCGCUUUGGGAGGAGUUUGUAUGGAACUACAAGAUUGUGCUUUUCCUCUUUUGAAAGGUUUGUACUUUCAGACUAAAUAUCAGAAACAGGCUUUCCCACUAGUCCAGAUACUGUUGUUCAUGGGACUAGCCUGCAAUCUGAAUUUUGUUAUUUAGAAGCCAUUCCUACAGCCGAUGGAAAGGAGGCAUUCACCAACAUUGAUGUCGCGAUUUUGGUCGGAGCAUUUCCACGAAAACAGGGCAUGGAAAGAAAGGAUUUGUUGCAAGCAAAUGCCAAGAUUUUUGAAUCUCAAGGAAAAUCUCUUGAUCAGUAUGCUAAAAAGUCUGUCAAGGUUACUAAAAUUCGAUCCAUACAUUAGGGUACCUGUUUUGAAUUCAGUGGCAGACACUUUGCAAAAUAUUGGGGUGGGGUGGGGGUGUGAAUUUAGGUUGCGGCCUUAAAACUUUCAUGCAAUAUAUAGCUUAAUCUAUAGCUUUCUCAUGCUCAAAAAAUAAUUGUCACAGCUUUGUGUCACUGUCACUGUUAUUCAGCUAAUUCAAUAAAAUGUUUUGAGAAAUUGUUGGAGGGGGGAGGGGUACAUUGCCCCCCCCCCUCAUGUCUGCCACUGUUUGAAUUUAAGGCAUGUGUUGAGUUAGGGGAACAUGCUUUUUUUCGCCGAACUAUAGUGUGGCAUUUUACAGCCAAAGGAAAUAUGUAAAUAUAAUAUUUAGCUAAUAAACAUCGUUAUUUUCUAUUCCUAGAUAUUGGUUGUAGGUAACCCAGCUAAUACGAACUGUUGUAUUUUAAAACACUUUGCACCGAGCAUUCCAGCGAAUAACUUUUCAUGCCUUACACGGCUUGAUCAAAACCGUGCUUGUGCUCAGGUAAGGGUGUUGCAUUUUUACCAUGUCCCCACCUAUGGGUGGUUUCCAUGUUUUUUUUUAAUAUUAAUUAUAAAGUUUAUAUAGCACAGUACAGUAAAUUUCCUUGUUAAAGUACAGUAUAUUAAUUGAAAAUAUGGCUGUAUAACAACCUCUGCAUGUUUACAUAUAUUUAACUAUGAUAUUUAUUAAUUAACUAAAGCAUUCUGCGUAUUUUCUCGUGAGCUCACAAAUUGAAUCGUUCCGCCAAUCGCUAUUCGAAAAGCAGAAAAUAUAUGGUCAAGCGGAUUUUUUAGGGUGGUGCUAGACGUCUCUGGGGGGUGGGGGUUUGCUAGAUACCACUAGGUGGGGUGCGCACCCCCCUGUACCCCCACGAUAGAUCCGCCCCUGAAUGGGGGUCGGUCAACUCUUUUCCAUUAUAGAUAGAAAGCGUGUCACUUACAUAUUGUUGUCUAAUCCAUUAUUAUUUAGAUUGCAAUGCGUCUUAAAACUAGUGCUCAAAAUGUCCGCAAUGUGACAAUAUGGGGAAAUCAUUCGUCAACUCAAUACCCUGACGUACGUCAUGCCUCCGUGACUCUAGACGGCGUGAAUUAUAAACCUGUGCGGGAAUUGAUUAAUGAUGAUAACUGGCUGCAUGGAGAAUUUAUCACGGUGCGUAAUUUUGUUCUAUAAAACUCAAUCUCAACUUUAUAUUAAAAAUACUGGAUACCUGAUGAAGUAUAGUGAUACAGUUCUAGGACUGGUCAAAAUUAAUUCACCUCAAUUCGGACUGGAUUUGAAGUCCUCGCAUUUUGAUCCAAUUGCGCGGAUC